UUUGCAAGAGAACAAUGAAAACUUCACUUGUCGCAUUAUUUGUGCUGCUCUAUGCCUUGAGCAUGGGCCUUCAAUCACUGCUUGUAGCAGCUGAUGAUGCUUCCCCAAGGCAAGUGGUUGACACAACAGGCAAGGUUCUCCGAGCUGGCUCCAAUUACUACAUUCUUCCUGUUGCUCCCAUUAUCAAAUGUGCACCUCAUGGCCGAUGUUGGAGUCGCGAUGCCGGCUUCUCACUCGCCGGCAUCGGAAAAUAUUGCCCGCUUGAUGUGGUGGUGGGGGAUAGAUAUCGUGCCUUACCAGUCACAUUCACACCUUUGAACCCCAAGAAGGGCGUGAUUCCUGUCUAUAGUGAUCUAAACAUUCAGUUCUCUGGGUACAAUAAGUGUCCUCAGUCCACAGUGUGGAAGCUUGAUCGGUUUGAUGCUUCGUCAAAUCAUUGGUUCGUGACAACUGGUGGCAUUCUGGGGGAACCAGGAUGGAAGAUUGAAGAGUAUGGAGGAGAUUAUAAGCUUGUUUAUUGUCCAAGUGGGUGCAAAUCUUGCAGACGUCUGUGCAAAAAUGUCGGAGUUUUUGUAGAUGAGAAAGGUAACAACCGCGUGGCACUCACUGAUGCUCCUUACAAAGUCAAGUUCCAGGAGGCAUGAUCAAGAUCAAGUACAAGGCUUCAAGCUUUUUCCAAUUGUUAAGACUACUUUGA